CGGCGGGGCGGGAGCAGGACUUGGGCCCGCGGGGCGGGCGCUGAGGGAGGCGGCGCGGCGCGGCGCGGCUCGGCUCGGCUCGGCUCGGCUCGGAGCAGGCCGGCUCGCGAUGUGGACCUCGCUCCGCACCGUCACGGAGCCCGCCGGCCCCAGAGCAACCAGCGGCCGCUUCUGGGCUCUGAUCUUGGGAGCAGCAGCCGGGCUCUUCCUCCUCGGGUUCCUCAUCGGCUGGUUUGCAAAACCUACAGAAGAGAAGACAUCUGUGAGUCCUCAUGAAAAGAUGAAGGCGGCAUUUAUGGCUGAAAUGAAAGCCGAAAACAUCAAGCAGUUUCUUUACAAUUUUACACGCCUUCCGCACCUAGCAGGAACAGAGGAGAAUCUGCGCCUGGCAAAGCAAAUCCAAGCUGAAUGGAAGGAGUUUGGAUUGGAUUCUGUUCAGCUGGCUCACUAUGAUGUCUUACUUUCUUACCCAGAUGAAACUAAGCCCAACUACAUCUCAAUAAUUGAUGAGCAUGGAAAUGAGAUUUUCAACACAUCAUUAUCUGAGCCUCCUCCUCCAGGCUAUGAGGCUGUUAGAGAUGUGGUGCCACCUUACAGUGCAUUUUCAGCCCAAGGAAUGCCUGAGGGUGAAUUAGUGUAUGUGAAUUAUGGCCGCACUGAGGACUUCUUUAAGCUAGAACGUGAAAUGGGAGUCAACUGUACAGGAAAGAUUGUUAUAGCUAGAUAUGGAAAGAUCUUCAGAGGAAAUAAGGUAAAGAAUGCUGAAUUGGCAGGUGCCAAGGGAGUCAUUCUGUACUCUGACCCUGCUGACUACUGUGCCCCAGGAGUAAAUCCCUAUCCAACUGGCUGGAACCUGCCAGGUGGAGGAGCUCAGCGUGGAAAUGUAUUAAACCUGAAUGGGGCAGGGGAUCCUCUGACACCCGGUUAUCCUGCGAAGGAAUACACCUACCGAUUAGACAAAGCCAGUGGUAUAGGUCUCCCAAAAAUUCCAGUUCAUCCCAUUGGUUAUCAUGAUGCUGAGUCACUACUGCGUAACAUGGGAGGACCUGCACCACCAGACAGUAGCUGGAAAGGAAGUUUGAAUAUAUCUUACAAUAUCGGUCCUGGUUUCACAACAAAUUAUUCUACAAGAAAGGUGAAAAUACACAUUCAUAGUAACAACAAAGUAACAAGGAUUUACAAUGUGAUCGGAACCAUCAGAGGCACAAUGGAACCAGAUAGAUAUGUCAUCUUGGGAGGCCACCGUGAUUCUUGGGUAUUUGGUGGCAUUGAUCCUCAGAGUGGGGCCGCUGUGGUUCAUGAGAUUGUGAGGAGCUUUGGAAAACUAAAAAAGAAAGGAUGGAGGCCAAGGAGAACAGUGAUAUUUGCAAGCUGGGAUGCAGAGGAAUUUGGCUUGUUAGGAUCGACAGAGUGGGCUGAGGAAAAUGCGAAAAUAUUACAGGCACGAGGAGUGGCUUACAUUAAUGCAGAUUCCUCUAUUGAAGGAAACUACACACUAAGAGUAGAUUGCACACCACUGAUGUACAGACUGGUGUACAACCUGACCAAAGAGAUACCAAGUCCUGAUGAGGGAUUUGAAGGCAAAUCUCUAUAUGAGAGCUGGUAUAAAAAAAACCCAUCAAGAGAAUAUAAAGAGGUCCCCAGAAUAAAUAAACUGGGUUCUGGCAAUGACUUUGAGGUCUUUUUUCAACGGCUUGGCAUCGCUUCUGGCAGAGCCCGUUACAGUAAAAACUGGAACGUAGAAAAAUAUAGCAGCUAUCCAGUUUACCACAGUGUCUAUGAAACCUAUGAAAUUGUGGAGAGGUUUUAUGAUCCCACUUUCAAGAAUCAUCUGACAGUAGCUCAGGUACGGGGAGGGCUGGUGUUUGAAUUGGCCAACUCCGUUGUCCUUCCUUUCGACUGCAGAGAUUAUGCAGCAGCUGUGAGCAAUUAUGCUAGCAUCAUCUAUAAUUUGUCAAAGAAUCAUGAAGAGGAACUGUCAACAUACAGUGUAUCCUUUGAUGCUCUCUUUUCAGCUGUGAAGAAUUUUACAGAAGUCGCUGCUCACUUUCAUGAGAGUCUGCAACAAGUAGAUAUGAAUAACCUACUUGCUGUCAGGUCUUUAAAUGAUCAGCUCAUGUUUCUAGAGAGGGCUUUCAUUGAUCCUCUUGGACUACCUGGCAGGCCAUUCUACAGACAUGUCAUCUUUGCUCCAAGCAGCCAUAAUAAGUAUGCAGGAGAAUCACUCCCAGGAAUCUAUGAUGCCAUGUUUGACAUUAAAAGCAAAGCUGAUCAACAGAAAGCCUGGGAAGAAGUAAAGAGGCAGAUUUCCAUUGCAGCCUUCACUGUGCAGGCAGCAGCAGAGACACUGAAAGAAGCAGCAUAAGUAUCAGCAGCAUCAGCAAUAUCAGCAUCAGCGAAAGACUACAUAUGACAGUUUGCGGAAGCCUCAAAACCAGAGCAUUUAAAAACAGUAGGAGGUUUAUUACAAGAACACAAAACCCAGACAACUCUGUUCUUUGCAAAUAGCGUACCCAAGUGGAAUGCAUUUAACAGUGUUAACAAGGUAAUAACCUCCAUUAGGUGAGCUGAAGUUUUGCAUAACUUCUGAAGUAAGAGUCUACAUUAAAAAAGUCAUAUUUUCUUUCUGCUUAAUAUGUUAAGAAUUGUUAACCAUUGGGUGUAUUUUCAGAGCUUUUUAUUUAGCUAGCUUGAUUAAUUUUUAUAGCACUGCUUAUAGGAAAACAGAAGUUUCAUGCAUGGAGAUGGGAAGACUGAAGACUGUCCCAUACAGUGUGAAGGAUGUAUAACGAUCAUAACAAGUUUUGGGCUGUUAGCCCAGAAUUGUAUCAGUGAUGUUCUUCUCAUCACAUGCUGGGUCUUGCAGCUGUUUGCAAAUAAAAUUAAGCAAGAAGCCUGCUAGUCACCAGAGUAAAGACGUGGCAAUACAUCCUGUCAGCCAAAAAGUGAUCUCACAAAACAUAUCUUUCAAGAUGAAGACCUACUUUUAUUCUCUCAUCCAAAAUCUGCUCCUAUCAUGCCUUGUCCAUAUCAAGACAUUUUUAAUAUGAAGACAAUUAGAAGCAAAGAAAAUUGAUUAUCCUCUUACUGGGAAAGGACACCAAAUUAUUACCAUCUUCCUAUACUCUGUAUUUCUGGUUUUGGCAUGCAGCUUACUCUUACAACUGCUUGAAAGCAGUGCACUGGACAGCUGAGAUCAGACAGAGAAGACUUUCAGAGAAUCAGAUCAAUUCAUGCAACACUUUGUCCCUGGAGGAUUACUCAGCUCUUGCACGGCAAAUAUUUUUGUGUAACUUGACUUGUCAUUUCAACUGAGGCUUCCACCAUUUCUUAGAAGACUGUCACAUGAUCUGAUGGAUUUCAGUGUCAUGGUAGUCAUUUAUUCAUAAAUUUUUCUCAUCUCUUCGCAUUAAACCCCUUUAGGCAAGUGAUUAUAAUUAAAGUCAUUAUUUUACUUA